AUGGAAAAUAAUGCAUUUGCACAGAAGAUAUAUUUUAAAGGGUUUAAUGAAAGAAAAAUAAAUUAUUUAAAGAUUGAUAAAAAUUCAGAAAAUAUAAACAUAUCUAAUAAUAGUAGUAAUAUUCCGAUGAGAAAUAUAAGUAAUGAUAAUGAACGUAUGCAAAUAGGGAAACUUAAUGUACAGAAUAUAAAUUCAAAUACAAAUUUAACACAUCAAGGAACUAAAACUAUGAAUUUCGAAAAUGAAUAUACUAAUAAUCCAGCCCAAAAUAGUCAAAAUUUUAACACAGCUCAUGGAAAUUCUGGAUAUUCAAAUAGUCAAUUAUUAUUUUUGAAUAAAAACGUAAAUAGUAAUGGCAAUAGUAAUGGCAAUGGUAAUGGCAAUUUAAAUAGUGUGUACAAUUAUAACAAAAAUUUAAAAAGCAAUGAUAUUUUAAAGGAUAACAUAUUAAAUAAAAAUAUGUAUACUGGUUUUAAACAUGGAGAUAAUAAAAUGAAUUUUACCAAUUUGAAUAUGAAAUCAUUUACAAAAUCUAGAAAUAUGAACAUCCAAAAUGUUAAUAAUAAUUCAAAUAUUAGUGGAAAUACUAAACUCAUUCUUCAUGAUCUUAAUUCUGAUCAUAUAGAUGUAGGAAAUAAAAAUAAUAUAAAUGAUUCAUAUAUUAAUUCAUAUAAAUUAAAUAUAAAUACUGGAAAUAUACCAGGACAUCAUCAACAUAUAAAUAACUAUGAUAAUAAUGUGAUAGAUAAAGGAACAAAAAAUGAUACAAUAUAUAAUAAUGAAAAUCAUAACAAUAUGAAUAGUGAUAAUAUAUAUCUAAAUGGCCAAACUAAUAAUACUUUAAAUAGAAAUAACAUAAAAAGUAAUUUAAACAAUUUUUUAAAUACAAAUAUUUUGGUAACUAAGCAUAGAAAUCAGCUUACUAGUGAGCAUACACUUAACAGCUUUAAUUCAACAAACAAUGAAAUUAUUGGAAACAAUAAUAGUAAUAGUAAUAAUAAUAAUAAUAGUAAUAGUAAUAGUAAUAGUAAUAAUAAUGCACAUUUAAAAAUGUAUGAAAAUGAUAAUAUAAAAAUGUUUAAAGGAAUUGAGUCUAACAAUGAUUUGAUAAUUAAUCAUAUGAAUCAAGAAAUGUUAGGAAAUAAUUUUAACACACAUACUUCUAAUUCUAAUAUUGGAAAUGCGUCUGGGCAUUUGGCUAACUAUAACAGACCAAACACACACAAUGUUAAUAUGGUUGGCAAUAUCAACAAUAAUAACAAUAUUGGAAAUAGCAAUAUCAAUAACACACUAAAUAAUGUGAUGCAUAAUAAAAUGGCAAACCAAAUUAGUGGGCAUUUAACAAACAAUCCCAAUAUGAAAAAUAUGACAAAUUCGAAUAAUAUGCAUAUUAUAGAUACAGAUAUGAGUAGAGAUAUUUCAAAUCUUAAUAAAAAUAUAUUAUUAAAACAAACAAAUAUUAAUAAUACUGGAUCUCAUUUAAAUAUAAAUAAUUACAAUAAUACGAAUGUAUCUCGCACACAACAAAAUGUUUCAAACAUCUCAAGCAUUUCCAAAAUGAGCAAAAUGUAUAAUGCAGAAAAUAGUAAAAUAAGUGUUCGAGGAAAUUUAAUAAAUUUUGAAUAUUUAAAUGAUAAAGAUAACAUAAAUGAGUUACAAAAAAAUAUGAUUCUUAAUGAUAGCUCGUCAAACAUGAAAAAUUUUUCUAUAAAUAAUGAAAGCAUCAAUUUUUUAAAUAAUAAAAAUGGAAUUGAUAUGGUAAAUAGUGGAAAUAAUAAAAUUAAUUAUGCAUCUGAAAUUCAGAAUUUUGGAAAUACAUGUAGUAAUAUUUCUAGUACCAACAUAAAUUAUAAUAUGUUAAAUACAAUGAGAGAUGGAGGAAAUGAAAUAAAAAGAAAUGAACAGCUUACAUCUAACAAUAUCGAAGUUUCAAAAAAAAGUGGUAUUGGAAAUAAUAUACAAAAUAUAAAUUCGAAUAAUAUAAUAACCACAGAUAAUUAUGCAAAUUUAUUGAAACAAAUAUGUACUCCAAUAAAAAAUAGAACAGACACAAAUGUUAAUAAUAUUAAUAAUAUUAAUAGUGUUAAUAGUGUUAAUAGUGUUAAUAAUGUUAAUGAUAGUCUAAUCGGAAACGAUUUUGGAGAUGCAUCAAAUGAAUAUUGUUCAAACGCUGGGAAUAUAGCACCAGCAAUAGAUUGUGAAGAUCUAGCCACAAAACAAAAUAAUUUUGAUUUUAACUUCCAUUUGAAUGAUGAAAGAGAGAUGCAAAGCAAUUCCAUAUUAACAGAAAAACACGCUAGCUCAAAUAAUAAUAGCGGUAAAAAUAGCGGUAAAAAUAGCGGUAAGAAUAGCGGUAAUAAUGGCGGUAAUAAUGGCGGUAAUAAUGGCGGUAAUAAUGGCGGUAAUAAUGGCGGUAAUAAUGGCGGUAAGAAUAGCGGUAGUAGCAAUAUAUAUGAACUGAAAAAAUUAAAUUUAUAUGCUGAAAAUAAAAAAAAAAAAGAGAAUGAAGAGAAUGAUGAAAAGACAUUUAAAAAUAAUAUUAAAAAAAAUAAAACCAAAGUUUUUUUUUAUAUUAAUCCUAAAUAUAUUAUAGAACCAUUAAAAAGAAAGAUAUAUCAAAAUAUGUCUGUUUUUAUUGAAAAUUUAAUUAGUGAUAUUCAAAAAAUCGAAAAUAAAAAUCGUGCGGAAAUUUUAGAAAACCUUCACAAUACUCCUUGGUUUUGUAUGAUAUUUGAUUUUGAUGGAAUUAGUAAAUUAUUAAAUGUAUUUAAUAAAUAUUUAAUAUAUUCUGAUUCAUUAAUUAUACCAGAUAUUCUUAUGUCUACUAAAUUGCAUAAUGGAAAUUUAUCUGGAAAUGAUGUAGUUAAUUCUACAGUAUGUGUGAAUAAUGAAAAAAACGAAAGUAAUGAUAUAAAUAAUGAAUAUAUGCAAAGUUUUAAUUUUUAUUUUGAAAAAAAUAAUAAAUUUGAUAUAUUAAAUAAAAAAAUAUAUGAUUAUGAAAAUAAUAUAAUUGAAAAUGUAGAAAAACUGAAUUAUUUAAAAGAUUUAUGUAAAUCUCUAAAAAAUCAAGUAGAUUUAAAAAAAAAAAAAUUUUUAUUAUUAUUUGAAAAAGCCAAAUUAAAAAAUUAUAUAUAUAAGAAUAAAGAUUUGCAAACAAUUUUAGAUGUAGAAAAAAAAUUGUCUAAAAAUGUUGAACAAUCCAAAAUAAAUAGUGAAUAUUAUACAAUAUUUAAAAAAAUAAAUGAUGGUUUAAAUUAUUUAAAAAAAUAUUCAAAUAUAAUCAUAUUAAAUAAUAGUAUGUAUAAAGAUAUAUUGAAUGAGCAAGAGAGUGGAAACUUUUGUGAAUCUUCUAUAUCAACAGAUGAAUUAGUAUAUGAACAAAAUUUAAAUGAUGAUCUUGAUAAUAAUAAUCAUGAUGAAGAUAUAAAUAACAUGAAUAUUUCCCCAAGCAAUCAAAUUAAUAAAAGAAACGAAAGUCAAAGUCAAAAUAAAAAUCAAAAUCAAAAUCAAAAUAAUAAUGAUGAUAAUAAUGAUGAUAAUCUAUUUUUUAAAAAUAAAAAUCCGACAUUAAAAGAUUAUGAACAAGAUAAAGAGAUUAACAAAAAACGAAAAACUAUAAAUCAAAUCAAAAAUUUACAAUGGGAAAAAGAAGAAAAUGAAGAAUGGGUUGAUGAUUUUUUAGAUGAUUUUUAG